AUGGCAUCUCUGCUUCAACAUCGAUUGAUUAUUCUUCUCUUUGUGAUGGUGCUCCGUGUCCUCUGCUUGUCUUCGUAUAGUCUUAUAUCGACAUACUAUCCGCAGCACAUCAAAAAUUCGCCUUACAAUCAGGAGCGCCCGUCAGAGUUUACAGGAUAUGUAGUAGCCUCAUUCUCGCCGACCUAUCUGCUGGGGUCCAUUUUUAUUGGACACGUCUCAUUGAGGUAUUACGGCGGUAAAUUUUGUCUUGUAACUGGAUUGUUUCUAGCCGGAGGAGCGUGGGUGCUGUUUGGAGUAUUGCAAUAUAUGACAGAGUGGAGACACUUUUUGGCUUUCUCUGUCGUUCUGAGACUGACCGUUGGUUUUGGAGUAGCUUCAGUAGAUGUCUCAUCUUUCUCACUCGUGCUAUCUUCGUAUCCUGACAAAAUUGGAUUAGUGUCAUCACUUAUGGAAAUGACAUGGUCUGUGAGUAAUAUUCUCGGGCCAUUUAUGGGAGGCAUUCUAUAUGACUGCAUUGAAUUUAUAGUGCCAGCAAGCUCACUAAGAAUUUGUCUUUUGCUGUUUGCGUUUAUUGCUGUUUUUGUGCCAUCUGGAUAUAUAAUAGCGAUCUGUCUUUCAUUUCCACAAGCAACCUUGUCAUCUUUCCUACACAAGAAGUUUCAUUUUUCACCCAGACAAGUAGGAUUUGUUUUUCUGGCGAGUGGAGUUGCCAAUGCUGUUCCGGCACCUGUGGUAGGUAAAAUGUGUGAUAUGAUGCAUCCUAGAUGGUUUGUACCGAGUGGUAUUAUAAUGGCUGGUGCUGGUGGAUUCUUUCUCAUGUCGUUUGGAAACUCCAUUGUCUUGCAAGUUCUUGCACAAGUGUUCAUAGGAAUCGGGAGUGCACUGACACUUGGUUUUUGCUACACAGAUCUGUUGAAGGAGUUCUGUAGAAAGUUACAAGUAGACAAACUUGAUGAAACUACAAUUGGAAAAGUAUACACUGCUUUUAGAAUUCUUGCCACUCUUGGUGAAAUUACUGGCUCAGGAUUGUGUGGAGUGUUUGUAGAGUCUCUAGGUUUUGGCAAGGCUACACUGAUGUGGGGUAGUAUUGGAACAUCAUUUGGAGUUGUGUACUUGUUGUUAUUUGCAAUUUCAAGAAUAUGUGGCAAUGAAAAUAUGGUGGCAGGAGUUUAUGUAGCGUUGCAUAGUCUAGGUUAG